CAAAAAAAAAACGAUUGUUGUGUUGUAGUGUUAUGAAAAUUGUGUGAGAUUUUAUAAAUAAAUCUUACCUAUUGAUUCAAAAUCAUGUUUCGCGCUGCAUUGGUAGAUUUCCGUAUACUUAUAAAGAAUAACAUCCGGAUGAUCCUUAACGUGCCAAGGCGGAAUGGUUCAUACACCAUCACCCAUCACCAACAUGACUGUCUGGUGAUAGGCGCGGGCGGCGCAGGCUUGCGCGCGGCAGUCGGUCUCGCUGAGGAAAAAUUUUCCGUCGCGUUAGUCAGCAAACUGUUUCCCACUCGCUCGCACACUAUUGCUGCGCAGGGUGGAAUGAAUGCAUCGAUCGGUAGUAUGCAUGAAGAUGACUGGCGUUGGCACUUCUACGACACUGUCAAGGGCUCAGAUUGGCUUGGCGAUCAGGAUUCUAUCCAGUACCUGACUCAGAACGCACCCAAUUGCGUUUUUGAGCUAGAAAACAUGGGGAUGCCCUUCUCAAGAACCAAAGAAGGGAAGAUCUACCAGAGAUCCUUUGGAGGAGGUACUAUUAAGAAUGGGAAAUCCAUUGCAAAGCGAACUUGUGCUGUGGCGGAUCGAACGGGACACGCCCUUCUCCACACGCUAUACGGGUAUUGCACGAAGUAUAAGAGCAACAUUGAUCUCUUCGACGAGUUUUUUGUGCUAGAUUUGCUAUUGCAAGAAGGAGCCGUGGUUGGUGCCCUCGCCAUGGAUAUGGAUGACAGUAGUCUGCACAGAUUCCAGGCUAAAAACACUGUGAUAGCGACGGGCGGUUACCCGCGGAUGUACUUUUCGUGUACAGCGGCUCACACUUGCACCGGGGACGGCGGUGCCAUGUGCUCACGAGUGGGCAUCCCUCUGCAGGACCUGGAGUUCAUACAGUUUCAUCCUACUGGCAUGUACGGUUCCGGCUGUCUCAUGACGGAAGGUUGCCGGGGCGAGGGUGGCUACAUAGUCAACAGCGAAGGUCAACGUUUCAUGGAGAAGUACGCUCCCAAAGCCAAGGAUCUCGCCAGUCGUGAUGUCGUCUCUCGGUCCAUUGCUACGGAAAUCCGUCAAGGCAGAGGUGUGGGUCCGAAAAAAGAUCAUGUGUACCUACAACUACACCACCUUCCAGCGGAAGUGAUACGUGAACGCCUUCCUGGUAUUUCGGAGACGGCGUGGACAUUCACUGGGGUUGAUGUGUACACACAGCCUGUGCCUAUCGUACCCACAGUCCAUUAUACUAUGGGAGGCAUACCCAUCAAUUGGAAAGGAGAGGCGCUUAGGUACACUGGAUCAGAUACCGUUAUCCAAGGUCUCCACUCAGCUGGUGAAGCGGUCAGCAACUGCCAUGGCGCCAAUCGUCUUGGAGCUAAUUCCAUCCUUGAUGUGGUCGUCUUUGGCAAGUCUAUUGGUCUUAACAUGCCAAAAGUUGCCAAGCCGGGCGAUAAACAACCAAAAUUGAAGGAUAACAUCUGUGACGAAAGCUUGGAUAAUCUGGAGACGGUGCGUUCAGCCAAGGGAUCGACGCCAGUCCACGAGCUCAGAGCCAAAAUGCGGAGUACCAUGCAGAACAAGUGCGGUGUCUUCAGAGACAAGAAGCUUCUGAGCGAAGCCAAUACCGAAAUCCAGAAAUGGUACCAGUGUUUCAAAGAUAUCAGAGUAACGGAUCAGCGUAAGAACUGGAACAGCGACCUAGUGGAAGCACUGGAACUGCAGAAUAUGCUGCAGACUGCCGUGCAGGUGGUAGCUUGCGCUCUGAACAGGACAGAGAGCCGCGGAGCGCACUUUAGAGAUGAUUUUCCUAAGAGAGAAGAUGAGAUGGACUACAGCAAAGACACAAAGGGACAGACUGCAAAACCGAUUGAACAACAUUGGAGAAAACAUAGCCUGUCUUCGGUAGACUUGAAGAGCGGAAAAGUGACCAUCACAUAUCGGCCCGUCAUAGAUAAAACCCUGGAUAAAGAGGUUGAAACUAUUCCUCCCGUACCAAGAGUUUAUUGAUUUUGUUAUUCUAAUAGCUAUGGUGAAUUUUUACUGUAUUGCACUUAGUUAUUUAUAGAAUACAUUUUAAAAGUGGA